GGGCUGGGCCUUAGCCCUCUCGGGUGCCCGAGGGGCCAGGGGUGAAGAAUCGUGGCAUUGUAGUCACAAGACCAGCAUUAUGUAACUGCCGGCCCUCUCCUGGAGAGUAAGGUGGCUUUUAAUUACCGUGACGAAGUUGUUCGUUGGACUUUGGGAAUGAGGCAGCGGAGCAGUGUCACGAUGUCUGACCGGAAGGCAGUGAUCAAGAACGCAGACAUGUCUGAGGACAUGCAACAGGAUGCUGUUGACUGCGCCACGCAGGCUAUGGAGAAGUACAACAUAGAGAAGGACAUUGCUGCCUAUAUCAAGAAGGAAUUUGACAAGAAAUAUAAUCCUACCUGGCAUUGUAUCGUGGGCCGAAAUUUUGGCAGCUACGUCACACACGAGACAAAGCACUUCAUCUAUUUUUACUUGGGUCAAGUUGCAAUCCUCCUCUUCAAGUCAGGCUAGGUGGCUGUGGUGAAGGUGUCAGUGGUGGCAGCAGCGAUGGCAAGCAGGCGGCGUUGCUGGGACUGUUUUGCACUGGGGCCAGCAUCAGGAUGUCCUCUCCAAUGGCUGUGCUACUGCAUGGACUGUAUACUCGAUUUCAUGUGUAUGUCGCAGUAAACAAAACCAAACUUCUUUCUGUUUAGUUGCCUGGGGAAGAAGGCUGCUUUACGUUUAUUUUUCAAGACUUAAAGAAAUUUUUUUUGGUUGUAUUGCACUAGGAAAAUUGUCCCCCACCCCCCUUUUUCUCUUUCUCUCCCUAUACAGAAUAAGAAGCCCUCAACCAUGCCCAAAAGACCAGGAGGGCUGAGGAAAAGAAAUAGGUCUCUGGAGGUGGAACUAAAGUUGUGCAGCUGUCUUUUCCUGGUGGGGAAUGCUGCUUUGGGAGGGCCGGGAAGGCUCUGAGGGGACAAUGUUAGGAAUGGCAAGGAGAGAAGGAUAGAAAGGAGGGUGAGGGGGUUGAUCUAGUACCAGGGAGAAUAUUCCACUGAACUGUGAUUUUACGGCUUGGGGCAGAGGGUGGGUGGGGGUGGGUUCUUAAGGGGCCCUGCGAUGUGUCUGUGGUGUGUGGGAGUGGGGAGCAGACUUAUCUUGCUGUGUCUGUCAGGAUUUCUAAGUAAGGGCUGUGUCUUUGUGGAUUACCUUCUUUGAUUCUUCCUGCCAGAGAUUGUGCUAGGAGGAUGUUGGGGGUAGAAUUAGCUUGCCUUUUCUUUUUCUUUACAUUCUUCUCUCCUGUCUGCUCCCUGCUUAGCCCUUGGUUUUCUCAUUCCUCUGAAGUUCUCUUAGAACAGCCCCUGUUGUUAGUUGGCUGGCAAGGGAAUUUCUGGUGACUGUAGUUCCUUAGUUAGGUCUUAGUGAUCAAACCGAGUCAGUGUCUCCCUUGAUUCUCCUUUGUGUUGUAUGUGUGUGUGUGUGUGUAUGUGUGGGUUUAGGGGAGGGGGGAGGGGGCAAGACAGGUGGAAUCUCUAAGGUGUAUGGGUAGUAGGAAGCACAGUUAGUGCUAAGUGGGCCUUUAUGUUAAACACCUCUGGGGGUGAAGACAAGUGUCACCACCUUCUCAGUCAUUUAGCCCAGACACUAGUUGCCCUGUGGCUGUCUGCUUCCUGAGAAGGCUUUAGGUGGGCCACUCAGGACAUGAUGGCCAUGCUGCUGACUGUCCUGGAGCUGGGUCCCAAUGGAGGAAGAAGUGAGUUUUUUGAACAGUUUCGGCCUUUGGUGGGAGGUAAGGGUGGAAAUAGUAAAGGGCCAAGAGGGUCUUUGGAGGUCAGUUUGUAGUGAUGGAGUCCCAGAUUUCAGGAGAUGGAGUAAAGCUGUGAGCAGGUGGAGAUUCCAGGGAGGAUGCAGGGGAAAUCUUGUCUGUUGAUGACAUAGGAAUGGGGUGGGGGGCGGGGUGGUCAUUGCUGUUUGAGCUGCUGACUCUCAUGACUCACAUUCAAAACUCCCAUGUGUAGGGUUGACACUGGGGGGUGGGGGAAUCCAGCUCUUUUUUUUUUUUUUUUUUUUUUUCCCAUCCAUUCUUGGAGCUAGUGGGGAGAACGGAGAAUGUGCCCUCCCCAAGCCCUUAGUGUGUGUUGAGCUUUCCUUUCAGUGAUAGGGGAGGGUAGAAACUGGGGUGGUGACUGAGUUCUCUGUAUGAUGCCCUUCGGUGGGUACAAGAUUGUUUGAUUUUAGGUUUUAUUUUUUAUGAAUGUCCAAAUCUGUGUUGCCCCCUGCCCAUCCAGACUUUGUGUGGCCAGUUGAAAGUGUCUGGUUUGUGUUCAUCUCCCUCAUUUCUGGAGCAGGGCCUGAGACCCUGCCACAUCUCCUAUGCUCUGCAUCCAUGCCUCUUUUGGACAUUAAAGGUUGAUUGAUGCACUC